AACUCAUUAGUACGGGAUUUCUUUUUUGAUGACCUUUCAGGGUCUCGUUGGAGCUUUGGAAGAUAAAAAAAAAAAGCACACUAAUAUAUUGGUGAUAUAGCUUUCUUUCAAAACGGACAUGCAAUAGUAGUACUACUGGCAUUGUUGGUUUUCUUUUCUUCCUCAAUCUCAUUACUUUACUUCCCUGAGUUCAUAGUUUUAGGGAAGAAGAGGAGUGAUGAUGAUGGGGAGUGUGAAGAAAACAGAAUCCAAAUAUACGAGCUUGACAGAUUAUGUUUUCUCAUGGUCUAUUGCUGAUGUGCUUAACAAAGAUCUUUACAAGCCUAAGGUAAGGGAAAUCCCGAAGACUUUUGCUUCGACAGGUGAUUACAUGGACUCAUUCAUUUAUCCUCUUAUUGAGGAAACACGUGCAGAUUUGUUCUCAAGCAUCACAACAGUCUUUCAUGCACCUACCCGUGAAAUUUUGGCCGUUAAAAUAUCUAAACAUAAUUAUAAGCCUCCCAAAGAAUUGUAUUACAAUAUAUUUUUCAGCAGAAGGAGAGGAAUGUAUAAGCCUGAGGUGGGAGACCUCAUUGCCUUGACAGGAGUGAGUCCGAAAUGCAUUGAUGAUUUGAACAGGCCUAAACGUCCCUACCUUGUUGCUUUAGUUGAAGGAAAAAAAAUACGGGUCCCAGGGGAUGAUUUUUCUGUGAAAUAUUCAAUCCUCGCAUCGAAUGAAAUCAUUUUCAAUGAAGAAACAGGAAAGGAUAAGAAGAAAGACACUCUUUUUGCUGUUUAUCUUACAAACAUGACGACAAACAUUCGUAUAUGGAAGGCACUGAACUACCAGCUGGAAGGAGGAAACAUGAAGAUCAUAAGGGAAGUGCUGCACACUGAUGCCACUGUUGGGACAAACUGUACUCAGUGCCAAUCUGAAGAGCGUAUGAAUGCUGUUAUAUCAAAUGCAAGGGAUGCCGUUUCCUCUUUUAAGCUGGAUGAUUCCCAAAAGGAUGCUAUUGUGAGCUGCAUUGCUACAAGAGAAUGCUAUCACCAGAAUUCUGUCAAACUAAUUUGGGGACCUCCAGGGACUGGGAAAACGAAGACGGUCGCUUCAUUGUUAUCUGCUCUCUUAAAGAUGAAAUGCACAACUCUGACAUGUGCCCCAACUAAUAUUGCAGUGUUAGGAGUUACUGCGCGGCUUAUGGGAUUGGUAUGGGAUGCACUUGAAUAUGAAUCAUAUGAUACUUAUGGGUUGGGAGAUAUAGUAUUAUUUGGUAAUAGGAAGCGAAUGAAGAUUGAUGAUCAUGAUGACCUUUUCGAUGUAUUUCUUGAUCACCGUGUUGCAUUUCUGGAAAGUUGUUGUGCUCCAUUGACCGGAUGGAAUAAUAGUAUAAAAUCGAUGAUAUGUCUGCUGGAAGAUCCUGAAGAACAGUACAGUUUGUAUUUGAAAAAGGUAAAAGAGAAAGAUGACGAGGAUAAUGACGAUGAAAAGGAAGAGGAGGGGCAGGAGGGAUUGUUUGGUAAUGAUAAGUUAAAUUGGAGUCCAGAGAAAGAGAAUGAGAUCUAUGAUCGAGACUCCAGAGAAAUGGUGAAGAAGAGAGUUUUGAAGAAGGUUUUAGCUAAAAUCUUGAAGGGAAACAGGAACAAGAAAAGGCAGGACAAGCCACCUUCUCGGGGAAAUAAUCAUUCGAGAUGUGAAGAAAAAGAUAAUAAUGUUGAUCUUUCUCCGAAGAAAGAAAAAUGCGAGGCAAGUGAUAAGCCUGUUCAUAUUAUGACAUUUGAGGAGUUUAUCAAGAAGACAUUCAUUUCCAUCGGAGAAAGGCUGACAUUUUGUAUUACAACUUUGUAUACUCACAUGCCCACAUCUUUUAUUUCAUUGGAAGUAGUAAAGGACAUGAUUACAGUUCUUGGUUUGCUUGAAUCUAUAUUGCAUAGUGUAGCUUUUGCACGUGAAGGAUUAAGAGAAGUCUUCAAUGGAACUGGAGAUGUAGGAUACAGUGUUAAACACCUUUUGAAGUUGAGAUUGUAUCAGAAGGAGUGUCUUCGAAUACUCAAACAUCUUUCUGAAAGUGUCGAAGUUCCGAAUUUUUCUGGUAUUCGAAGUUUUUGUUUGCAAAAUGCAUGUCUGAUAUUCUGCACUGCUUCAAGCUCAGCAAAUUUGCAUACUGAAGGACUGACGCCGGUUGAAUUGUUGGUUAUUGAUGAAGCUGCUCAGCUUAAAGAAUGUGAAUCGGCCAUUCCUUUGCAGCUCCCUAGUCUCCGUCAUGCUAUACUUAUUGGUGAUGAGCGCCAACUUCCUGCAAUGGUUCAAAGCAAGAUUUGCGAGGAGGCUGAAUUUGGAAGGAGCUUAUUCGAGAGGCUGGUAUCACUAGGACACACAAGGCACCUUCUUAAUGUCCAAUAUAGGAUGCAUCCAUCAAUAAGCUUAUUUCCAAACAUGGAGUUCUAUGAUAAAAGGAUUUUUGAUGCUCCAAAUGUAAAAGAAAGAACCUAUGAAAGGCAUUUCCUCCAAGGAAAGAUUUAUGGCUCCUACUCUUUUAUAAAUGUUACCGACGGAAAAGAGGACUUCGGUGGGCAUAGCAGGAAAAAUAUGGUAGAGGUUGCUGUGGUAGCUGAGUUAGUCGCAAGCCUCUAUAAAGAAUAUGUUGCUAGAAAACAGAAGGUUAGCAUUGGCUGUAUAUCGCCAUACAAGGCUCAGGUUUUCGCAAUUCAAGAGAAACUCGGAAAUACAUACAGUGCAGAUGCCGAAAGUGACUUCUCUGUGAAAGUUCGCUCUGUUGAUGGGUUUCAGGGUAGUGAGGAGGAUGUGAUAAUUAUCUCUACAGUCAGAUCCAAUGCCAGUGGAUCAGUGGGGUUUCUUUCUAAUCGGCAGAGAGCUAAUGUGGCUCUGACACGAGCGAGGUAUUGCCUCUGGAUAUUGGGGAAUGGAGCAACCUUAAUUAACAGCCGCUCUGUUUGGAGUAAAUUAGUCAUGGAUGCCAAGUCUCGGGGUUGCUUUUUUAAUGCUAAUGAAGAUAAAAAUUUGGCUCAAGCUAUUACCACUUCCUUAAUUGAGCUUAACCAACUAGAUACUUUACUCAACAUGAAUUCCCCAUUGUUCAGAGAGGCGAGGUGGAAGGUUUGCUUUAGUAAUAAUUUCUUGAGGACCAUGGCCAGAAUUAGGAACCUAGAGACCAGUCAGGAAGUGCUUUCUCUUUUGACAAAGCUUUCAAGUGGAUGGCGUCUGCCUCAAGAGGAUAGAAUUCUCAGUGACAUGAAUGGGAUUUCUUCUGAACUGUUAGAGCAGUACAAUGUCAGUGGCCUGCUAAAUCUCAUUUGGUCUGUAUGUAUUCUCGACGAAAAUUCAAAGUACAUCCAGGCUAUUAAGGUUUGGGGUCUUUUGCCGUUGUCUGAGAUACCAGAACUAGCAAAGCAUCUUGACGUCUCAUUCGGGAAUCUUACAGUGGUUACUAUGCGUCGCUGCAAAUGCAAACAUGUUGAAGGGAAUUUAGUAGUUCCAAUUACAUGGCCGGCAGAUUCCACUGCUAAUUGGAAGACUACCGAUGCCGAGACUGAUUCUUCCGAGCUUUUACAAAGUCGAUUUGAUUCACUUAGUCUCAGUGAUGCAGCAGGAUCAUCAGCUAUGAGUUACAGAAACCAGAUGAAGAGUGGAGCAAAAACCUUUGGCAACAAGAACAGAUGGUAGAGGUUGCAAAAUUGAGGUGUGAGGGAUGACGGUCCAGAACACCUCAUACAGGCUACCGCGAUCACUUGAAUUCCUUAGCCAAGCUGAAUUGCAAACUGAUGGUUUUUUGGACGUACAUUUUAUGGCAUGGAAAUACUGUUUUUGAGCAUAAGUGCUCUCCAUUGGUAAAAAAAAAUAUUUGAAACCGUUUCAUUCUCAUGUACUAAAAAUGCGGUAUUCAAAAUUACAAGUGUAUAGACUCUGUCCUUUUUGUGUAUUUGUGUAAUGACUCGUGAGAUUGUGCAUGGAGUGGAAAAUUUGUAAUGUUUAUUGUAAUUAAAGA